UCCACGAUGGCAUUGGAGGUUUGCCGUAAAGAAGGGGAGCUGCACCGCGUUCGGAUCUGAUUCUUUACAGACGGACCGUGGGAGAAGCCGAGAAGGGGGCGAAAAGGCGGCGGCGGCCAUGGCAACUCCCGAUCCCGAUAAACUCAUGGCCAAGGCCGACAAAUUAACAAAACUCAGUUUUACAAGAUGGACUGCUGAUUGGAAGAACGCUACCUCAUUGUAUGAGCAAGCAGCUAUUGGCUACAGAUUCAGGAAAGAUAAUGAGAAAGCAAAAGAAGCUUUUGAGAAGGCUUCCAAGGGUCAAGAAAUGAUUUCUUCCCCUUGGGAUGCUGCAAAACAUAUGGAAUCUGCUGCUGCUCUAGCAAAAGAGCUUGGUCACUGGAAUGAAGUUUCUGACUUCUACAGAAGGGCAUCUGAGUUAUACAGAGAAUGUGGACGAUCACAGCCUGCAUCAGAUGCUCUAGCAAAGGGUGCUAGUGCCUUGGAAGAUGUGGUCCCUGAUGAAGCUGUUCGGUUGUACAUGGAUGCUUGUGUUAUUCUGGAGGAAGAUGGAAGGGAGCAAAUGGCUUUUGAUUUAUAUCGUGCUGCCACAAGUGUUUAUGUUAAACUUGAAAGGUAUGCUGAUGCUGCAACAUUUCUUCUAAGAUGGGGCAUAGCUGCUGAUAAGUGUCAUGCUGUCAACAGUCAGUGCAAGGCUUAUCUGAGUGCAAUUAUCAUAUACCUCUAUAUGCAUGAUUUCCAGCAAGCUCAGAAGUGCUACAAUGAUUGUUCUCAAAUCGGGGCAUUUCUUAGUAGUGACCAGAGUCGUUGUGCAAGCAAAUUGUUUUCUGCUUAUGAAGAAGGUGAUGUUGAAGAAAUUAAACGUGUUGCUCAGUCAAGUCCCAUUACACAGCUUGAUCAUGUGAUAAUCAGGCUUGCAAGGAAAUUGCCUACUGGGGAUCUGAAAGAGCUUAAUAAAGAAGAGGCCGAGGAAGAAGUUUUAGAUGAAAAUGAUCUCACAUGAAGUAUGGGGUGUCUUAUAGGUGCAAAUGAUGAUCAAAACUGGAGUGCAUGAAUGUUUUAAGAAUUUGAUGGUUCAGGCAUGUCAUGAUCCUGCUACUUAAAAAUUUGCUGGUAAUUUUGGGUGUGUAAACUUUCACAUGCCAACAUUUCAUUGUGCUGCUUGUAUAUUUUGAGUAAGUGCAUGUUAUAUACACUCCCUUUCAGAUGACCA